AUGGUGUCGCGAAGCAGCAGCUGCAAUGUGGCGCAAGACCAGCACUUCCUGCUCGCCCUGCGAGCCACUGCUUCUGCGAUCUCUUGCGCUGGUGUUGCCACCCUACAAGCGCGGCAGCUCCUCAUUACACAGACUGCGAGCCCACUUGGGGAAGCUGCCGUGGUCCAGGCCACCAGUGGCCUGGCAACCGCAUAUUCCCUUGGCAGCGUAGCAGAGUUUUUCUUAAGCCCAGUGUUUGGCAAGAUGUCUGAUCGCUUUGGCAGAAAGCCGAUCCUGCUUUUUUUCAUGAUCGGGCCAGCAAUCAUGCGCACACUGUGUGCGCUCGUCGAGCAACCUGUGGCCAGAAUACGAUUGCUGUGGUUGGACUUUGCAUCGGCGCGGGCUGUUGGCAUCCAACCUUUUUUGGGAAUGUGUGGCACUAUGAUCACGGAUGUGUUCACGGUCGACCAGCAGCCAGCUGCCAGAGCACAGCUUGCUGCUUCACAGGCCUUGGGCGGCAUUCUCGGAAACUAUUUGUCUGGUUGGUGGAGCCUGCGGGCAGGCCCGAGGUCGACCUAUCUCUGCACAGCAGCUGCACCCUUGUUUUCCCUUGCCUUUGCUGCAGCUUGCUUGCCUGAGACAAACGCAGAGAUCAAAGAUGGACGGCCUUCCAGGGACGGGCAGAGCUCUUGCAGUGUCCCCGACGGCAAAACGAGGAGUGCUUACAGAACCCUGCUUCUUGAUCCGGAGAGCUUGCUGAUCGGUGGCGCGCUCGGCCUCUAUGAGUUCCUGAACUAUGCACCGCUGAACUCGGUGGCGAUCCUGUUCAUGAAGGAGCGUCUAAAUUGGGGCCCGCUGGAAGCAGGGCGCUUUGCUUCUGGACACGCUCUGGCGGGGUUCUGCGCAUCUAUGUUGGCAAGAAGAUUAAUGCAAUUCUUUGGCAAAAGGCUGUAUGUCAGCGUCACCAACCUAUUGACGAGUGUGGCCUAUGCGACAUGGGCCGUGUCCAAGACUGGCCCUAGCCUGAUCGCAUGCCUGCUGCCCUUGAGCUUUAGCGGGACGGGCGGAGCCACCGUCUUGGUGACCCGUUACAUGGAGCGGGCUAUGCAGCUUGGGCUGUCACCAGGCGAAGCCAUGGGAGUGAGGUCUGCCAUCGGAGCGGUGGCUCGGAUGCUUGCACCGCAGCUCUUCACCCGCCUAUGGCUGCGAGCCGCUGCCCAAAAAGGCCAACCAGGAGCUUUGCCACUGGGAGCACCCAUGCUAUCUGUGGCUCUGAUCGCCAUCAUCCAGGAGCUUCUGCACCAAAGCUCCUUCUUGGUGCGACAGAAUUAA